CAUUUCCCUUUUAGUUUUUACAAGGUGGGCAAGACUCAACCUGUUUGUAUGAGCCAUAUGCAAUGUGUCGUACCUGCUUCUUGUCGCUGCUUAAAGACGAAAUCCGCUUUCUUAUGUCGGAUAUCUGCCAUGCUGCUACUGAUGGUGUGGUCUUCCGUAAGCCAAAACUCUCUGACCUCAUCAUGGAGGUCCUGUGGCGUCUUGGUAGAGAGAAGUGUUGGUCAGCUGCAGGGUGUUCACUAUGUCGCCUGGAUUCCGACCUCUGGAGGGCUUCCUUCACUCUUGGGUUAAAGACUGAGGAUUCAAAGGCUCUGUUUGAACUCAAGGGUAGGAAGGAAACAGGAGGUGGCGAGGAGGAAGGCAGCGAAGCAGAACCAAAUGAUGAGGAUGCUUUGUAGCUGUCAGUUGAUUCCAACAAGUCCAUCUCAGACAGAGUGUGACAUGACGUGCCAGUGCUCGCCGUCUCCACUCCAGAGUCCACAGAUUCCUCUCGCGCAGCUUUCUCCAAAAAAGACGAAGACGACGACGAAUAUGUGGGUAAGUCCCCAGGAAUAACCUCCAGAUAUUCUGGUUCAUGGCCGGGUCUUUGUUCAGCCACCCAAACCUCCAUCAGGUUGCCAAAACUCCUGUAAACAUUCAUCGUCAACGUCCAACUGCAUCAAGAUCAACUUUUCAGAGACAGAUUGAGGUGAGCUGCUCAAGUAGAAUUCAAAAUAUGCACCUUCAGGUCCGCCUCCUCACCUUCUUCACCACGCCUUCUGACCACGGCGUCUGUCCUACCUGAGCUAAGAGCUGCAUGCUGACACUCACACCUUUCUGUCAGUCAUUCCUGGAAGACAAUGACUCAGCUGCACAUGUAUGAUUCAUCAUGUUCCCUUUUGGAUCUACAUAGACCUGUGAAAACUGAUUGAGCUCUGACAUAGUCCAUUUUUGGAAUGUUUUAGUUACUGUAUAUGGUGGCAUUUGUGAUUGGAAAGAUAGUAGAGAGGCACCAACAUAGCAGGAAAAUCAAAGUACUAACUCUUAUGGUCUGAUGUGCAUUGCAUUUUAAUUCAUCCAAAUGUACUGUAUUAUUUAAAAUAGCAUGUAUUAUUUCUUUUGAAAUAAUACAUUUGAUUUGUUCUAUUAUUUUAAUAUAAAUUGUCAAGUUUAUUUUUUAUUAAGCCAUUUUCAUCAUACAGAAACUUGAAGAAAGUAAUUGCUGGAAAAGGCACAAUCAUGACACUGGUAACUUUGGUUAAAGUGCAUUAAAACGUAUUCAUUUAAUUUAAAUAUAAAGUUGUAUUUAUAUUGAAUUAAAAAUCAUUAAUAUUAUUUAAAAAAUAUAAUUUUCAAUUAAAUACUUUACAUAUUUAAAUAGUUUUUUUUUUCUAGCUAAAAAAACAACAACAACCGUCUAUCCCGUGUACAUAAUAAGCCAUUUUAGCUGCCAAUCAGAGACCCGAAGAAAGUCAUUCCUGGAAAAGGCGACAUCAUCACAAUAGCAAAUUAUGUAAAAGUUCGACAUGGUAGUUUGUUGUUGUUGUUGUUUUGGUCUCCUUUACUAUAUGUGACAUUUUUGUUAUAUAAAUGUGACAAUUAUAAGUACUUUUUUUUUUACAUCUGAGAUUCUGAAAUUACUUUAUGGGUGGGGGUUAGAGAUGAAGAGCUGAACUGCCUUUUGGUCCAGCACGCAUAGUCAUUUAAAAGACGUUUGUUGUCAUUUGUCUUUUAUGUGGAUGGAGAGCAUAACAGUACAGUACUGCAAAUAGAAGCUGAAUCUAGUAAACCUACUGUACUUCAUCAGCACAGUGAGUCACAUGACAUAUGAGAGCGUAGGAAUGUGUACAAUGGACAUUCCGAUGUGCUGAUAAGAUCUGAGCUCCUCUAGUGUACGGUGACACACAGUGCCUAAAAGCUAAUGUGCUUUGCUUCUGUUGCUUUAUUAUUUUCAAUAAACUAAGUAUGUACAGUGUGUACCGUACCUAGAAAUGCGUCAUGUUAUUUGCAAUACCACCACGGGAGGUCGCUGGUAAACAUUAAUGCAGACUAUCGCAUGUAUCAUUACCAAACAGGAAUAUGAGUACAAUAUGGUCAGCUUGUUAAAAAUAAAUCAGCUAAAUUACACCUAAUUAAAAAAUAAAAUCAUUUUGACAUCAUUUUUGGGAAUGUGAGCCUUUGUUUUCAAGUGAUUGCCUGUAGCAACCAAGCAGCCAAUACCUGAGCAACUAGUAAACACUGAUGGUGCACCACUAUGGAGGCAUGCAGCCCAGAACUCAGAAAGGUUCUGCUAAAGCGUGACCCAAAUUACAUACCAGGCUACUCGGGGUAUUGUCCACAGCUCAAGUUCCAAAUUGGGAAACCGUACGGGCAACUGACAGCCAAGCUGAAGAGUCCGGACCCGCACUCAGAUUCCGGUAGUCCUCCUACUGGGUCUGCUUGGACCCUGAGAGCCAUCCCUGAGAGACACUCGAGUCGGAUCAUACCAGGUUACACUGGCUUUGUGCCAAAAAGGCAGAACUAUGUUGCCUGCAGUUACUCGGAAACAUGUCGGAGGGCAUUUUCUGACUUUUACCAAGAGAGAUAUGCAAAUAUUAAAAGGGAGUCAACAGCGCUGCCCCUUACUGUCAACUACGGCACCAGUCAGCAGUCAAAGGUCCCGAGGCAGAAAGAGACCCCUCUAACUCCAAUUUCGAACAAAACCGUGUCCUACAAGCCUUUGAAGCCCUUCAUCCCCAUUGCAAAACCCUACUUGCUGGAUGAUGACCACCCCUACAAGUACUUUAUGUCAGGAUUUACAGGUCACGUGCCCAAAUCCCGCUUCCUAAUUGGGAAAGGCUACCCUGUCGCUACAAACGAGGCGCUCACCCAGUUUGGGAGGCAGCUACCGUCCAUUCGGACAAUCGAUCCAUCACACAAGAGGGGCGUGGUGCCGUCAUUCACGGGACAUAUACCAGGCAUGUGGCACACUGACACUACAUCAUUUCUGUUAUCAAAGUUAUUAAAGCACUGUUUGCUAACUUUCUCACACAGGAUACAAAUUCAUGUACGGACACACUUUCGGUCGACUUUCCAGGAAGGCUCUGGAGAAGACUGCCACCAAGAGAGCCCAUACGUCAUGAAGCUAUACUAGUCAUCCUCAAAACAUGUGACUGGAAAACAGAUUUUGACACUUGGUACAAGAAGGCUAUCCUACUGUUUAAUUGAAAGAAUAAUCUUUGGAGAGUAUAGGAACAAUUCCACUUUUUUUUUUAGAAACAACACACUGCUGUUUGUACCAGAGGAUUAAAAUCUGUCUCUAUAGCUUUAAAAAAAAAAAAAAAAAAAGGCAAUAUCAUGCAAAACCAUGCAAUGGACUACAUGAAUACAAAUGUUCUGGUCGUAAAACAGGAACUAUCAGGAACAGGGUAUAUGUAAUAAUGACUUAUUUGGCUCUUUUUCUGAUAAAUUGUUUGGAAAACUGGUCAAGCUACUCUAACAAUGUUAUUUUUGACAUUGUUUCAGAUGUUCACCAAUAAAGAAAAAAGAAAGAGUGUCAGUUUCUGAUAUUCGACAACAAUAACAGAAGAUGAAAGGUUGCUUUGUGC